AUGACAAAAAGCCUCGUGUGUGAUACGAGUGGCGACGAAAAUGCAUCUCAUUUUAUUCGGAAGUUUAACUUAAGCAGUAAUGAAGUUAUAAUCAAUCAAGAAUGCAUAGGGGAUGUUGGUUGUAUUGUGUGGGAUAGUGCCAUUGUUGCAUGUUAUUAUUUUGCUCGAAAACAGUCUUUUUGGAGAGGAAAAAAAAUAUUGGAAAUUGGUGCUGGAACGGGUGUGUGCAGCAUUGUUUUGGGAGUUUUGGGGGCAAAUGUUGUCGCAACCGAUUUAUCAGAUAGAAUUGGUUUAAUUCAUCAAAACAUCGCAAACAAUCUAGAAGCGAUAGUUCUUAAUGAAGGUGUGGUUAAAGUGGAAACUUUAGAUUGGAAUGAUUCUUGCGAUCAACUAAUUUAUUACGACGUGGUUGUUAUGAUUGAUACCAUAUACUACUUGAAGGCGUUAGACGGACUUUUGAAAAUCCUAUUAAGAAUAAAAGCUCCAACUGUUGUUUGCUGUUAUGAAGUGCGCGAUAUUGGAGAACCAAUGAUUGCACAGCAACGAUUUUUUGAAAUGAUAUCUCCUUUUUUUAAUGUUGCCUUAGUAACAGAUAAAGAAUUGGAUCCUUUGUAUAAGUCGUCUGAUAUCAAAGUACUAACAUUUGCACGACGUUGA